GUGCGGCGCUGCCACUAUGUUGGUGUCGUUUGUGUCAAAUAUAAAUCAGGCGAACCUCCUGACUAAAUAACAUUGCUCAUAACUUGCUGUUCGGGGGUUUAAGUCGUAAUGACGACGAUCAUGACGACACAGCUUUCUUGAUUAAGAAAACACAUCAUGGACCACCCGAAUGUCACCGAGGUCAAAAGGAGUAUUGCUGUCAUUUGGGAGACCCUACAAUGUCCUAUUUGUUUGGAAUUAUUAAGUGAGCCGGUUUCUACCAAGUGUGACCAUCAGUUUUGCAAGUUUUGCAUGCUGAAGCUUCUGGACAACACCAAGCUAAACACAGCCAACUGCCCAGUGUGUAAAGAAAAAAUAACAAAAAGGAGCUUGCAGGAGAGUCCGGGGUUUCAGAGGCUUGUCACAGGACUGCAAGCUAUGAUCCAUGCUUAUGAACAUGACACCGGCACAAACUACUUCACUGGGCUGGCCCAGGACGGUAAACAAUCAUGUGUGACAGCUGGUGGCAAGAAUAUACAGGUUAACGAUGUCAACAUGGUGGACGUUAACGAGGCUCUUCCGAGUUCUCACUCGUCAACUAUAGCAGCCCUCAAUGGAUUUGCAAAAGUCAUGGGAUUCGAAGAUUCCGGUCAUUUGACAGCAGAAAGUGGAAUCCAGGACAAGGUCCAAACAAUCGAAUCCUUGGACUCCGUGGAGACAAAUGUCAAAACAUCCAUGCGCAAAACUCGAGGUAAAGGGAAAAAACAGAACUCAAUUCCAGUUGAUUCGGGGCCUCAAAGAAAAUCCUUGAGGCAGAAAAAGAAAAAAGAUCUGGAACCUGACAAGAGUUUACUAACAAAGAAGAGGGAAAGUGUUGAGAAGGUUGCUGAGUGGCUCAUGAAGGUCCCCGCGGAGGGAAGUCUGGAGUUGGAGAAAUCCGCUGAAAACUGCAAUAAUUUAGACAACUCAGGCAGCUCCACUUCCACACUGGACGUCAACAUGUUCAACAACAACGAGGAGAAUCCAAAGGAGUUACCUGCCAAAGCCCUUGAGGAGCAGGUAUUUGGGGCCACCUACAAGCGAGAGAGAAGAACCAGACCUGCUGUUUCUCUUCCAGGGAAUGUCUUCACUAAACCAAUGCCAUCCGCAACUGUGCAACCAGCGGUAAAGCGACACAAGAAGACCAGCCUGACUCCUACUGAUUUUAUAAAAAGCUCUGAGGAGAAAUCGGGAAAAGAUCUGCAAGAAGAGCCACAAUCGGUCACAAAUGACAUCUGCAUGGACAUAUUAGAAGAAGCAGAAAAGCUUGACGAACUUGAAAGUGACAAAACUAACUGCAAAGCUCCCAGUCAUGUGUUUCAAAACCGCCAACCUGAACAGAAACUGGCAAAAAGGUUGCGCAGCACUGGGCAGGCGGUGGACGCUGAUUUGCAGGCCAAAGUUGAAAUGGCAAGUUCCGCUCCGAAAAAGGCAGACAAGAGGAAAAAUAACUCUGUGAAAAGAGCUCCAAAACCACUGGUUCUGGUCUCUGGGGUUCAAAACGAAGAGAGCCUCUCGAAAAGUAAGCUGCCAUCCGAGGCGGUUCAGGUUCAUAUUGAGAACUACCCGAGCAGCGAGGACCAGGAAGUACCCGUUGCAAUGAACACUCGGAAAGGCAGAAAACUUUCUCUUUGUUCCCAGAAGAGAGGUCCCAAGAAAGACACUUCUCGCCUUGUUCUGCAAACACCUGAAAAAGGAUUGUCAGAUCUUGCGGAUGGAAAUGCUUGCAAAAGUAAUGGAUGUAUUUUUGAGGAAGACAUUGGAGCAAUAGAAAACAUUGAGAUUAGUGAAACAGCGUCUUCUCGGAGGCCGCCGCAUCUCGUUGAGGAAGUUUCUGAGGCCAGUGUGAAUCAUGACCCUCUUGUGUUCCCAAGUUCAAUCAAUCCGAAUGAAGAUCCAGCUCUCCAUCAAAACCAUAGUGCCCCUGAAGAGAAAGGGGAAGACAACAGUGAGGUGGACACGGAGCAACUUCUAAAGAGUUUUAAGGCCACCAAAAGGAAGUCCUUCCAUUUUGGGGCUCUAAAUGGAAAGAAGAGCUGCAGCUUGUAUGACAACGUCAUUGAUCUCACUAGUCCGACUUGUAGCGACUUCAUUCCACCAACCGAAUCUCAACCGCCCUCAGGAAAUAAAGACAUAGAAAGAUCAAAUGAAGAAAGCUUUCCUGCGCUCCUCAGGAGUAGUGUCAGCAGUGCCCUGAGUCCCAACAAAGUAGCAAAAUGUGGAACGGAAAGUUCCUAUGUUUCUGUUGUCCCUCAAGUAGUAGAUUCCGGAAUCUGCUUUAACGCUGUAGAGCGUGACGAGAUUCCAGAGAGUCUGCUUGAGUCAUCCGCGAGGGACGACUGCAGGACUUUGGCCGCUGAAAAGCAUUCAAUAGAAUUGUCCCAACAUCUCCUAAAUGUUGAGUCUUCUUUGACUCCAGACGGUCUCCUUGGACCGCUCCAUGGAACCCAGUCUGAUGUGAGUCAAGAGCUCAGCGGGCAGUUGUCCAUGCAUGGUAACCCCAGGAAGAGCAGAAGGAGGCGGACUCAGAAGCUCCAGUCCUCAUCAGAGUCUGAAUCAGUGAGCGCAUCCAAUGAAGAGUUACCGACUUUGACGCAAAUCUUUGAAAAGUCUGCGCCUCCCGCUCAGGGCGACUGCGUCCAGGAUGUCGCUGACACUGGCGGCUGUGAAGGUCAUUGUGUCGCAGAGCGUCCUCCCACGUGUCCGAGUCCCGACUGCGUCAGCGUUAGCCAAGGGUCCGUCGACUUGUUCGACUCGCCAGAUAAAUGUGAUGUACAAGGGAAUGGAACAAGCUUGUCUGCCGAAUCUUCACAAUUCACAAGUGAAGUUCUUGUUACCCAGCAAAAACUUGAGAUGAAGAAGGAACUGGUGAGGCUGGAGAAGUUGAUGGCACUGGUGUCCGAGGUUCUACAGGAGAAGGAGGCCAUCCCAGCUGCUCCCACAUGCCCAGAUAUGCCUGUUAUUCCGUGUGACCAGGAGGCAAACCAAGAUCCAGACAGGGAAACUCUUGCAGAAGGUGCACAAGAUGGAGAGCGUGUCACCCGACCCAACGUGUCCGAGCAUGACGGCCCUGCAGAGAUGCUUGUGCACGAAGACAAAGAGAACAAAACACCCGAGAGAGACUGCAGUAAGGCUAAAAUGGUGCUAGUAUCGUCUGGAUUGGCGCCCGCCGAGCAGAUGACUGUGAAAAGGUUUGCCAAGAGAGUUGGCGCUCGUGUGGUCUCCCAGGUGACCGCAGCGGUGACUCAUAUUGUAAUGUGCACAGAUGAACAACUGGUGUGUGAGCGGACUCUCAAGUACUUCCUUGGAAUUGCCAGCAGAAAGUGGGUUGUAAGCUUCCUCUGGAUUUCAGAGUGCUUCAAGCAAAAGAAACUCUUGGACGAGAGUAAGUUCGAAGUUAGAGGCGACGUGGUAAACGGGACGCACCACUUGGGUCCUACAAGAGCACGCACCACCGACGAUGACAAUCUACUCAUGAGGGGCUACGAAAUCUGCUUUCAAGGACCCUUCACUGACAUGACCACAGAUGAAUUGGAGUGGAUGGUGCAGCUUUGUGGAGCAGCUGUGGUCAAAGAUCCACUUUUGCUGGAUAAUAAGCGGAAGACUAAUCAGCUGGUCAUUGUUCAGCCUGGAUCAGCGCCAUGCUCGACCACAUACAGCAGUCUUUCUAAACAAGCCACAGUUGUGACUCGCGGUUGGUUGUUGGACACGGUGGCCACCUACACACUGCAGACUUACGCAAACUACCAAACGUGAGCCAUGGACUCUUUCCCUCUCUUUCUUUCCCUAAAUCUUUGAUCUGUACAAAUGUGGAUAAACCAAAACACAAUGUACAUAUAAUUAAACAAAAUGAUAUUUUUUGUCUUUGUUUGGAGCUUAAAGUCUUAUAACUAAUCGCCGCAAAUAGACAGUUAUCUGUCUUCUGUCAACUCAAAUGUUUUUUAGUAAAUAAACCUGUUGUCCUUACAAUGUU